UUGCUUCCACGGUGAUAAUAACCGAUAACGCUGGCAAAACCAAAAGCUACCUCAACUCAAUUAGCUUCAUCUCAACGCACGUUUAAACCCUCGUUUCUGUUUGUUUCCGCGCGCAGUGCACGGAACCUAGGUUUUCUACCUUCCCAAAAUCGCAGCGAACCUUGAUUCAAUUCCUUUCCUUCACCAAAACCCUAAAAACGAAAAUAACUCACCAUAUUUGAACCUCUUGCAUCUUCUUCAUCUUCCAUCUUCUUCCUCAGUCGCUCGCAUUUUCUUCCAUCCACGACCUAUUUCCUAUGCUUCACACCGUCCGCACUGUGUCUUUAGGACACACUUCCACUUCAUUCUUUCCCUUCAAACCUUCUCACCCUUCUUCUUCAUUCGCAUUCCACAUGGAGCAAACUCCUAUUUUAUCUUUCAAGAUAAAGCAGUCUAACCAACCCCGCAUCACUUGUCAGGCAUCAUCACAAAAACACGAAGCUAAUGCAGUUUCUCCGAGAAAUGAAGAAUCAGCUGUUCAUGGACUAUCAGAAACGAUUGUUGGGGUUUUGGGUGGAGGUCAACUCGGUCGCAUGCUUUGUCAAGCUGCGUCUAAGAUGGCAAUUAAGAUCGUGGUUUUAGAUCCUCAGGAGAAUUGUCCGGCUAGCUCUUUGUCCUAUCAACACAUGGUUGGAAGUUUUGAUGAUAGUGCAACAGUAGAGGAAUUUGCAAAGAGGUGUGGAGUUUUAACUUUUGAAAUUGAACAUGUCAAUGUUGCCACGCUGGAAAAACUUGAGAAACAAGGAGUUGUAUGUCAACCUAAAGCCUCUGCUAUACGAAUUAUUCAGGAUAAGUAUCUACAAAAGGUUCACUUUUCAAAGCAUGGCAUUCCACUUCCUGAAUUUAUGCGGUUAGAUGAUCUUGAAGGUGCUAAGAAAACAGGGGAACUUUUUGGCUAUCCUCUUAUGAUCAAGAGUAGGAGACUAGCUUAUGAUGGACGAGGAAAUGCAGUUGCAAAAAGUGAAGAGGAACUAGCUUCUGCUGUGGAUGCACUUGGAGGAUUUGAUCGUGAUUUAUAUGCUGAAAAAUGGGCACCUUUUGUCAAGGAAUUAGCUGUCAUUGUUGCGAGAGGGAUAGACAAUACAAUUUCAUGCUAUCCUGUUGUUGAAACUAUUCACAGGGACAACAUAUGUCACAUAGUUAAGGCUCCAGCAGAUGUAAAAUGGAAGAUUAGGGAGCGUGCCACCGAAGUUGCUUUCAAUGCUGUCAACUCUUUAGAAGGCGCUGGUGUGUUUGCUGUUGAAUUGUUCUUGACUGGCGACGGACAGAUUUUAUUAAAUGAAGUUGCACCUAGACCUCACAACAGUGGGCAUCACACAAUUGAAUCUUGCUACACCUCACAAUAUGAGCAACAUUUGCGGGCUGUCGUUGGUCUUCCUCUUGGCAAUCCAUCUAUGAAAACUCCAGCUGCGAUCAUGUACAAUAUAUUAGGUGAAGAAGAGGGGGAGCUUGGUUUUCAAUUGGCUCAUCAAUUGAUGACGAGGGCAUUGACCAUCCCUGGUGCUUCUAUUCAUUGGUAUGAUAAGCCAGAAAUGAGAAAACAACGAAAAAUGGGCCACAUAACAGUUGUUGGGCCUUCCCUAAGCAAUCUUGAAGGCAAUCUUGCAACAAUAAUACAAGGGGAAAAAUUAGAUGACAAGACUGCAGUAGCUCCACGCGUGGGGAUUAUAAUGGGCUCUGAUUCAGAUCUGCCUGUUAUGAAAGAAGCUGCUAAAAUCUUGGAAAUGUUUGGGGUGCCUCAUGAGGUAAGAAUAGUUUCAGCACAUCGAACUCCAGAUCUGAUGUUUCAUUAUGCCUCAUCUGCUCAUCAACGAGGCAUUCAAGUUAUAAUUGCUGGUGCUGGUGGUGCAGCACACUUGCCUGGAAUGGUGGCUGCUAUGACCCCCUUGCCUGUAGUUGGUGUUCCUGUACGUGGUUCUACCCUCGACGGAGUUGAUUCACUCUUGUCAAUUGUCCAGAUGCCAAGAGGUGUCCCUGUUGCCACCGUUGCUGUUAAUAAUGCAACAAAUGCUGGGCUGUUGGCAGUGAGGAUAUUGAGUGUUGCAGAUGAAAAUCUAAUGUCAAGGAUGAUCCAAUAUCAAGAGGACCAAAAAGAAAGCGUAUUGAGGAAAGGAGAGAAGUUAGAAAAAAUUGGUUGGGAAUCCUACUUAAACCAUAGUAAUUAGUUGAACAACCCAUUGAUUUUGUGCUUCUUUUUGGUUUAGUCACAUUUUUGGACAAGUACAGAGUUUUUAGACCCGGUGUAUCAGUUAGUAGUUAGCAGGAGAGGAGAAAAUAUAGUCUAGUAGAAUUAGUUUCCAGAGUCUUUGCAUCUAUUUGUUAUUCCACUCAUUGUUGUAAUGUUGCUUUAAAUGUUUUUGUUGGUUAACUGCAGAAUUAAACACACCUAAUUGAGGCUUAAUUCAGGUUA